AAACGCAACAUUGGUUCCUUCUGUUUACCAUCUCUGCUGCAGCUAGCUAGCUAGCUUAAGUAGCUUGCUACCUUGUAUUUGAGGAUGGACAAGUUUGUAGUGCGGCUUCCCAAGGGGGAAUCACCUAAAAAACCCAAAAGCAACGGAAAGGUUUACAGACAAGCAACCAUUGAAUCGUUACGGAGGGUGGUUGUGAUUGAGGACAUAUUGCGCUACAAGUCCAUCCUGGAGCUGCCAGAACAGAACAAGGACAACCUGCUGACUGCCCUGAAAGAGCUGAGCAAGAAGAUCCCAUCCAGGGAGGUGCUCAAAUCCACUAAAAUAGGUCACACUGUCAACAAAAUGCGGAAGCAUCUGGACCCUGAGGUGAGCUCGAUGGCUGCAAAGGUUUACACCGACUGGAGGACAUUCAUUGAGGAGAAUUCUAAUAAGCCGUCUAUUGAAGUGCGCUCCGACAAACAAUCUGAAGGACUCAGGAGCAACGCUAGAAGACUAAUGUCUGAGCACCUGGAGGUCAAGGAGGAUUCUGGACUUAUUGACAACAUUGAGAGAGAAGUGUUUCACCAGAGCUCUCGGUUAGUCAGCAGUUCAUACAGACGGACGGUUAGAGCACUGGUGUUUGCUUUCAAGCACAACCCUGAUAUCCGAACUCAAGUGAAGGACAACACAAUAUCAGUCAACCAGCUGGUUUCUAAAUACAAGAAAUAACUGGUGUUGAAUACUUUUAGUGGUUUUACUUGAAAUUUGUCAAGGUUUCUUUUGAUGCUUACACAUUUCAUUGUUACAUAUAUUUUUUAUCAUUUUAUUUAUUUUCUGUAAAGGAGAUAUAAAAUACUUUUACACUUUGUGGCACAUAAGCAGCCAUACGAUGUUUUAUAAAUGAAUGUCAAAUGAAGUGCUUUAUUGUUGGUGGUAAGGAUAAUGUCAUCCCUUUGUACUGAAAUCAUUUUGGGGUUUUUUUGGUUUAUGAUCUGUUUUUAUACUAUUGGUGAACAUUUUUAUCCAAAAUAUGAUUGAAAA